AUGGCCCAACAAGAGCAACUCGCUAAACAACGACUGAUCUAUUCCAUUUUGAAGUUUCUUGAUAAAGAAAUUCAAGCUGAAUCAGCCAAUGCUGAACGACGUGAGAGUAUUGAAGUUGCCGUGCAAUGUAUCGAAACGGCAUUUGAAGUAUCUCUGGCCAAUCCACCGAAUGAUUUGAAUCGCAAUGAACCUAUUGAUCUUUUGUCCGUUGUAUCAAAUAAAACAUCAAUGAACAUGCCAUUAACUGAUGACAUGCGUCAGCAAGCUGAUAAAUUCAAAAAUCAAGGAAAUGAAUUUGUUAAACAAGAGAAGUAUAAAGAAGCUUUAGAAGCGUAUAAUUCCGCAAUACAAAUUGAUCCAAACAAUUCCAUUUAUUAUUGCAAUCGUGCCGCUGCUCAUAACAAAUUAAACAAUAAUGAACAAGCAUUGAAUGACUGCUUCCGUUCGAUCGAGAUUGAUCCCAAUUACAGUAAAGCAUACGGCAGACUUGGUGUGAUCUAUCUGUCAUUGGACAAAGUCCAUGAAGCGUUAGAUGCUUAUAAAAAAGCGCAUGGACUUGAACCAACUAAUGACAAUUAUAAACAAUCGAUUAAACUUUGCGAAGAUCGACUCAGUGGAGCAAAUAAUGCCGGUGCAGCGGGUGCAACUGGUGGUUUCAAUUUACCACCCAUGUUCAGUUCUUUAUUAGGUGGUGCUGCAGGUGGACCUGAUAUGAUGUCCAUUUUCAAUAAUCCAGCUUUAAUGAAUAUGGCAUCACAGUUUGUUCAAAAUCCUCAAGUUCAAGGAUUAAUGGCUAAUUUAGUAACUAACUUAGGUGGACAAGAAGGUGGUCAAGUUGGUUUGGAAACUUUAUUACAAACUGGUCAACGUAUGGCAAGUGAAUUGUCUGCUACAAAUCCUGAUUUGAUUGAAACACUUCGUCGUAACAUUGGCAAUCGUCCACCCCCAAACGGUGACAACAAUUCAUCACCAAAUUCCGAUCAAAACAAACCAUCAUCAUCAUAA